UGAAAGAGCCAUGAAGCCGCAUCCACCAGCUCCACCCGCUCCAUCCCCGCUGUGAUGGAGCCGCUGCGGUGUGUGGGCGGCUGCCUGCCGCUCCUCCUGGCCGCCGUGGGCCUGGACCUGGCCGGCCUGGUGCUGCUGUUCCUGGGCAUCUUCGCCGACCUGCGGCUGGACGGCCGGUUCUACGGAGACUUCCUCAUCUACACCGGCGCGCUGCUCGUCUUCUUCAGCCUGGCCUGCUGGCUCAUGUGGUACGUGGGCAACGUCCGCGCGUCGGAGCGCGACGUGCCGCGCAAGAGGAGCAGCUUCGCGCUGCUGGCCAGGAAGCUGUCGGAGCGGCUGUCGGAGCGGCUGAGCCGCUCGCUGCGGCGCGACGACGCCGGGGCCAAGUGCGCCCAGCCGGGCGAGGACGGCGCGCAGCCAGGCAAGUCCGGCAAGGUGACGUGGGGCAAGUCCACGGCCUACUACAACCAGGGAUACGACGGGACACCGGACUCUCCAGAGGUGGAGAAGAAGUCCAGCUACACCUGAACCUUGUUCCUCUGGAUCCACGACCGUAACAGAAUCAGAAUCAUGUGUAUUUGGCCAAGUCAGGUCAGACAAGACAUGGAACUUGACUCGGUUAUUUGACUGAUUAUUUGGUUAUUUCAGGCGUCUUCAACCUUUUUUAGCCCUUGGAUGAGAGAAAAACAGAGCAGGGACCCCCACUUGUAAUUCUUACUUUUUCCCUUUUUUUUUUUUAAUGUGUCAAGUUUUAAGCCUGGCUUAUAAUAACUUUUAAAUGUGUUUUAUUCUGCUUAUAUCACCUUAUUAACCAAUUCCUGACUGGGUUAUUAGCUACAUGUGUUUGUGGUUGAUGAAACUUUGGCCUCGUCAGACGUGGAAGGAGUAACGUUAGGCCGAGCUGGAACGUUUCCAUCUCCAGCUUUAGGCUUCGUUAUUGUCACUAAUUUAUCCAUCAGGUCUAACUAGCGUUAAAUAUGAAAUAGCCAAGUCAAUUUUGCAAUUAAUUUUCUGUUCUUAAACAGCUAGCUAGCUCGUUUUUCCGCUCUAAAGUUGACAUUAGUCACAUGACUCACGUCAUGGGAAUCAUUUAUGUAGAGUUGUAGACUAAGACCCCGUCCACACGUAGCCGGGUAUCUGCUAAACCGAAGAUAUUUUCCUACGUUUGGACCUGUCAUCCACAUGAAAACGCAAAUAAAUUAAUCUUUAAAAAAACUCCGGGCAAAGUGAAGAUUUUUGAAAACUCUGUUUAUGUAUAUGCGCGUAGACAGAAACAACCGCAGUUUUGCGUUUUCGAACGUCACAUUAUGCGCCAAAACAACAACAAAUCUGCUCUGACGUGCGACUUUUGUUCACUACAGAACUACAGAUGAUCCACCAUCUGUUCUCCAAGCUAUUUAUUAAAUAAAUGGUCUCUGCUUUUGACCACCGCUUACUGCGUUACACCGACACAGAGGCUACGCCGUAGGGUACGCGGCGACGCGCUCCCUACGCCGUACCCUACGCCGUACCCUACGGCGUAGGGCUGCGUCGGUGUAACGCGGCAGCUCCGUGGCGGGACACGGGGGGACUUGGGUUCGUUUACCGAGAAGGAGACGCGGCUGUGGAGGCGCAGCUUCCCCGGGAGCCGCAGAUGAUCUACAGGUUAGAAUGCUUAUGAAUGUGGUCGAAAACGCAGAUCUUCGGUUAUGUGUGGAAGGGUUUUUUUUUUUAAACGAUGUAAUGUGGAUACAAAUUAUUUUAUAAACGGAGGGGGGAAAUAUUCGGUUUUAAAAAUACCCGGCUACAUGUGGACGGGGUAUCUAUUGUCAAAAGCAGAUUAUUAUCGCCUGUUAUUGGAGUUUUCUCAAUCAAAUAUAUAUAUAAACUUCCAAAUUUGCAAGAAAAACCCCCCCCUAAUUUGUGACGUUAAACUUGCAAAUGAACCAGAGAAAACUCACAGGAAACCCCAUAAAUGUACAAACCUGCGGUGCCGGAUGGACGGAGUUGAUGUGAGGUUAAAUGUAUGUGUCUCACAGAGAAUACUACAGAUGACACGUCAUUUAUUACCAAAGGUACAAUCACGUGAAAUAAACCCUGAAUUUGAACUUUUCUGCAAGACAAUAGUCAGAAUUUCUGAAAAAAUUCAGAAAAUUCAAAAUUUCAGAUUUCAUAAACUUCCAAAUUUGCAAGAAGAAAAAAGAGAAAACCCAUCAUUUGUGACCUUAAAACAUGCAAAUGAACCGGAGAAAACUCAAAAUUUCUGACUUCAUAAACUUGAAUGUUUCCAGAAACCUCAUAAAUGUAAAAACCUGCGAUGCUGGAUGGACGGGGUAGAUGUGAGGUGUAAUUUAUAUGUCUAACAGAGAAUACUAUAUGACAUUUGUUUAUUGAUGCUUGGAGCGGCGGGGGAGGGGGGGCAUAGUGGCUACGGGGUCCAAUCCUUUUCAAUAAUCUAUUUAUAAAAUAGCAGUUCAAAUGUGUUUAGCAGCUUCAUCAGCCAACCGGACUGAGAACGGCCCUCUUGUUGUGUCGUCUGCCCUCUCACCCGAUUCACCUGGAUACUCCUCGUUGCACAUUUCCCGGAGAGAACCACAACUGCACAGUUUGAGCCUCCUUGGUCAAAUAUUUCAAACAAAAGCUCUCGGGUCCGACCCGGAACCACCGGCCGUCGCUGGAAAAGUUCUGAAAGUUUGGCCCUGCAGGCAGUACUCGAGUUGUAAAAUAAAUUCAGGGGGGAUGGUGGAUUUUAUCAUAUGGGGACAGAUAAUUUGUGCUGAUUACAAAUAAUAUAAUAUAUUACAAAUAAUAGCAGUGACCAAAACACCUGCAGAAAUACUGCAGGAAUGACAUAGCAGCAGUUAAAUGCAGCCUUCUGUAAGCUUUAAAUAUCCACUGGGCUUACAUCAAAUACAUCAAAACACCACAAUAAAAAACACUUUUCUGAACUUAUCAAUAUGACUCUGUCCUUCACAGGAUAAGUAAAAUGGAUCACUGCAAAAACUCAAAAUCUUAACAAGAAUAUUUGUCUUAUUUCUAGUUAAAAUGUCUCACUUUAGUAAAAAAAAUCUCAUUACACUUAAAACAAGACUCAUCACUGGAAAAAAACAACAAUUUUCACCUGUU